AUGCCACGAUGCGCCGCCCGACACGUCAAGCUUGUGGCCGAAGCUGAGCAACUCGCCCUGCCCUUCCUAGCACCACGACUUUUUCAGCCAUGGCCGACAUCCGUGCCGCAUUCCUCCUCGAUCUCUCAGACCAAGUCCUUCUCGACCAUUCGCUGUGAACGUGCGAGACAGACCAGAUCGAACCCGAGACAGACCAGGUCGACUCCGCCGAAAUACGAAAGUGCUCGGAGCCUCCUGGCUCAGCAAUGGUACGAGAGUGCCAUUGCUCCUUUAGAGGGAAAUGAGUUUUAUCAGCACGAGCACGUGAAGGAUGGGAACAAGGCCCCAGAAGUCUCCCAGAAGGCGGACCCGGAAGCCUCUGUCCCGAAGAAGCGCACUCUACGCCGUACAGAGGUUCAAAAGGCCUACUAUCAGCGAUGGUCUACAUCUCUAGCUAUUGUCAAGUCUCGCUGGACUGUCGCUAAGCAGGACUCUACUGUCAGGACCAAAUGGUCCACGUUAGGCAGACCCGUACGCCGGAAACCCCGGGAGCAAAACGUCGAGAAGGAAGAUAAAGAAGAACUGGUCUUUUCUGCUGAUGGCAACACUCUGUACUGGAACCACCAUUUUGCCAAACUGAACGCCCGUCAUGACACCCGUCUGAAAGACGACUACACUCCGAGAACAACUCCCAAUCUCAACUAUCAUUCGAGGAAGUGGGCCACUCAGAUACUCAAUGCCAAACAGUUCAAGGACCAAGAAGAGCUGGCGAAACUGCUUGGUGAGCAAUGGCGCAGGAAGUGGAUGCAUGCUUUGCUCUGGACACUGGCCAACUCUGCCGACGAUACAAUUCGCCUGUUGGAACUUACACAUGUUGCUCCGUACAUGCCAGCUGCAUACAUUGCCGAUUCCUUGAGCUUUGUUGUUGGUCAUUUCCACAAGAAUGCUCUGUCGGACGACACUCGCAAGCGUCUUGUUCGCGUCAUUUGCACCGUAAUGGAGCGCCCAGGCACUUCCCCACUUCAAAUAACCGGUAAUACCUUUCGUAAAUUCUUGCAGUACUGCUCCGAGGAGGAAGUCCUAGAACUCUUCUCUACUGUCGCCGUGAGUGGGACGACCCUACAUUGGAACACGCGUCUACACUUCUCCACAUAUCUGGCUCACCACGAUCGCUUCGAUCAAGCACUGGAUAGUCUUCUCGAUGCUGUCUCGGAUGGAGCCGAUGUUAGAUCUCAGCAGUUUGAGAGUUGCUGUGCUACCAUUCUUCGAAAGGCCGCCAAGCAGCCUGAUGGUCUUCGUGUCAGUCUCCGCCUGGUCCAGAAUCUGUCUGACAUCGGAGUUCAGCUCAAUGUCCAACUCUGUAACAUAGUCAUGCUUAACGCUGUGGAAGCCGAUGAUCUCAAGACAGCUUUCAGUAUUUACAACUCUCUCGUCGACAACAAUUUACGAGCUGACAGGUACACUCACGCUAUCCUCCUCAAGGGCUGCAAAACUACCAUCGAGGACUCGGAUACUCUGAAUACCACAAUCCGCCAAGCGAUCGCCAAUGUCGAGGUACGACAUCUCCAUGUUGUCGCGACCGAGAUCAUCCAUUGUCUAGCCUUGCACCAUUUCCGAGUCGACCCGGAAAAUGCUUUCUCCACCAUUUCGGAAGCUUACACCCAGCUGUUUGAUGCCUCCGAUCUGAUCAACCUCGGAGUGUUGUCAAAAACUCACGAAAACACAUCCUUGGGCAGGAUGAAGCCUACUUUACCCGUUUUGGGAAUCAUGAUUGGAGCAUACGUUCGCCACAGCAUCCAGUCGAAUAGCAACAACCUGCGUCACAUAUACGACAUGUACAGAAGAUGGCUCAAUCUCUCUGAGCAUUGUAUAAAACCCUACGUGACUCUGGCCAAGAACGAUCACGUCACAAACUCAUUCUUACUGGCCUUCGUCCAAGAGCCGGCCGGUCUACCGUAUGCCGCCGAAGUCAUCCGCGACAUGCAAAAACCUCUGCCAAACGACUUGCCACGAGCAAAGCCGACUGUAAGGUCCUGGUCAAUCUUCCUACACGGAUUCGCCAAACAUGGCAAGAUGGAGCUGGCGGAACAGGUGCUCACGUACAUGCGCCAGCGGGAAAUCACACCGAACGAAGUCACAUGGAACUCUUUGCUCGGUGGAUAUGUAAAAUUGGGCAGGUCGGAAGAGGCAGUACAGACAUUUGUGCGGAUGCGAGAUGAAGGCUUCGAGGCCGAUGAGGUGACGCAACGUCAUUUUGGCAAAAUCAAACUUGACAACGUUAGCUCGGGUGCUUGGAGGAGCAACGUUCAGAGCCAACAAGCAGUGAAGCAGGAUAAUCAGAAGCAGCAGGAAGCAGCUCAACAUGAGGCACAGAAGACGGAGACUCAUGUAGAUGAUAAGGCCGACAGCACAAACGAAGUCGUCGAUGGAGUACAUGCGCUGAGCGUAUGA